GAGGGGUGAUAAGAGAAAUACCUUCCCGAAAUUUUCGAAAAAGGCAAGUGCUUUCACUUUCAAUGGGAAAGCAAGAAAAGCAAAGCGGCAGCACUCAUGGCAGUGAGCUGCGAGCUCGAGCACUGAGCACACAAGUCCAUCUAGAAUCAAAUCAGAGCUUCCCUAUAGUUCUCUCUCGCUAGCAAUGUCGCCUUCAGCUCUAAUCCUCCAAACCCUAGCUCUCUUCCUCACUCUCGCGUCCCCAUCCGCGUCUCACACUCCCACGUCGUCUUCUUCUUCUUCCUCCUCGCCCUCCCAGUCCUCCUCCCUAUCCGAGUGGCGAUCCGCCCGGGCCACCUACUACGCCGCGGCCGAUCCCCGGGACGCGGUCGGCGGCGCGUGCGGCUACGGCGACCUCGCGAAGGCCGGGUACGGCAUGGCCACCGCGGGGAUCAGCGAGUCCCUCUUCGAGCGCGGCCAGAUCUGCGGCGCGUGCUUCGAGCUCCGGUGCGUCGAGGACCUCCGGUGGUGCAUCCCUGGGACCUCGCUGAUCGUCACCGCCACCAACUUCUGCGCGCCGAACUACGGGUUUGCCUCCGACGGGGGCGGCCACUGCAACCCCCCGAACAAGCAUUUCGUGCUCCCGAUCGAGGCGUUCGAGAAGAUCGCCAUCUGGAAGGCCGGUAACAUGCCAGUCCAGUAUCGCAGGAUCAAAUGCAGAAAGGAGGGAGGGAUUCGUUUUACAAUUGAUGGCUCGGGUAUCUUCAUCUCAGUCUUGAUCAGCAAUGUGGCUGGUGUUGGAGAUAUAGCUGCAAUAAAGAUUAAAGGCUCGAAAACUGGAUGGCUUCCGAUGGGUAGGAAUUGGGGUCAGAACUGGCACAUUAAUGCAGAUCUUAGGAACCAGCCCCUGUCCUUUGAGGUGAGCUCUAGUGACGGGCUUACAGUGACGUCUUACAAUGUUGCUCCUAAGAAUUGGAACUUUGGACAGACUUUUGAAGGCAAGCAGUUUGAGUCCUGAAAGUUUAAUUAGCAUCAUCGAGCACAAGGCAUUCUUUUGAUUGCUCUCUCCCCUACUCAUCGGUAUUGGAUAUGCUUGGGUGCUGGAAUAUUGCACAUUUUGAUGGAAAAAGAUGUGAAAAUCUGCAAGUGACUUGAUUAGCACAAGCAAGCUCGAGUGUAUGUACCAUUGGUCAAAGAAAGGGCGCUUCCAUCAUAAAUAGGUGUAUCCUUUCAUUAAUGUGUUCUACAGUUCUCCCGGUAGUUCGGGCCGCAUGCCCUUGUCCUUGGAUUAUUAUAAAGAAAAGGUUAAUAUCCUACCCAAAUUCUUUAGAGAUGUAAGACUUAGGUAUCCAAGUAGGAAUAGUUUCCUUGUAGUUGACAUCGAGUUGUAUUUUAUGGAUGCGGAUUUGGGAAAGUUCUCAUCGCUGCUGUACUUUUACCAAGAAAUCAAGGUUGCGAGGAGGUGCCAAUUUGUAAGAAUGAGUUUAGAGUUUUAUGUUGCA